AGGACGUCAGAGAGUGACGGACGCUCAGCGGAGGGACCUCCGGAGGCAGAAGGGUCGGCUACCUAACAACACGUCUGAACCCUGAAGGCAUCCCGGACCGAGGAACACGACAGAAGCUGCAAAAGACAAGAACCCAAAGAAACAAACAGGGAAGCAUUUAUAGUUCAAGAUCUCUAAGAAGAGGUAGCAAUAUUUAAUAUGGAAUCAAAACCUUGUGAAUCAAAUACUGAAGAUCUUUUAUCAAGUAGUGGCAUCACAUCCAAUGGAGGUUCUUCAAGUCCAUUUUUUGUGUCACCUGUUCGUGGCACAAUAAUUGAAAACACAUCUUCAGCUGGGACUUUGACACAAAUUCCUUUAUUCCCUAAAUAUGAAGUGGAACUUGAUUGUCAUAGAAAAAUCAUCCCUUACCCUGGAAAGGAGCACAUUGAACGUGUUUUGGAAGAAUAUUCACAUCAAGUCAAAGAUUUGCAGAGAAGACUGAGUGAAAGCAAUGAAUUGCAUGAGAAACAAAAGUUUUACUUAAGGCAAUCAGUCAUUGAUUUGCAAACAAAACUUCAAGAGAUGCAAAUGGAGAGAGAUGCGAUGGCUGACAUCAGACGAAGAGAGAGUCAGUCCCAGGAGGAUCUAAGAAAUCAGCUUCAAAAUACAGUUCAUGAACUUGAAGUUGCCAGAUGCCUGAAGGAGGACAUGCUGAAAGACAGCAACACACAGAUAGAGCAGCUGCGAAAAAUGAUGCUUGGUCACGAGGGAGUGCUGCAUGAAAUCCGAUCGAUCCUAGUUGACUUUGAAGAAGGCUCAGGCAAGAAAAUAUAUGAACACGACAGCAUAUCCACCAUGCACUUCCGCAACUUGGCCUCAGCUAUUAGUAAAAUCCUGAGAGAAUUAGACACAGAGAUCUCUUAUCUUAAAGGGAGGAUAUUUCCAGUAGAGGAUCAGCUUGAAGCACUGAAAUCUGAGUCACAGAACAAAAUAGAACUACUUCUUCAACAGCAUCAAGGCAGGAUCGAGCAGUUGAUAAGUGAACAUGAAGUUGAAAUCACAGGACUUACCGAGAAAGCCAGCAGUGCUCGAAGUCAAGCCAAUAGUAUCCAGAGUCAGCUGGAAAUCAUUCAAGAGCAAGCAAGAAACCAAAAUUCAAUGUACAUGCGCCAGCUCAGUGAUCUGGAAUCUACUGUUUCUCAGCUACGUUCUGAAUUAAGGGAAGCCAAAAGAAUGUAUGAAGACAAGAUAGAAGAGCUGGAAAAGCAGUUGGUCCUCUCCAACUCGGAGCUAACUGAAGCACGGACGGAACGUGACCAGUUCAGUCAGGAAUCUGGAAAUUUGGAUGAUCAGCUUCAAAAAUUGUUGGCUGAUCUCCACAAGCGUGAGAAGGAGCUGAGCCUGGAGAAGGAGCAGAACAAGCGCCUGUGGGACCGCGACACGGGCAACAGCAUCACCAUCGACCACCUGCGGCGGGAGCUGGACGACCGCAACAUGGAGGUGCAGCGCCUGGAAGCCCUGCUCAAGGCCAUGAAGAGCGAGUGCCAGGGCCAGAUGGAGCGGCAGAUGGCAGCAAUUCAGGGAAAGAAUGAAAGUCUAGAAAAAGUAUCCUCCUUGACUGCUCAGCUUGAAUCCACCAAAGAGAUGCUCCGCAAAGUAGUGGAAGAGUUGACAGCCAAGAAAAUGACCCUGGAGAGCUCAGAGAGGACAGUGUCAGACCUGACAGCAUCCCUUCAGGAGAAAGAGAGGGCCAUCGAGGCUACCAAUGCGGAGAUCACGAAGCUCCGCUCGCGAGUGGACUUGAAAUUGCAGGAGCUGCAACACUUGAAGAACGAAGGGGACCACCUCAGAAACGUGCAGACGGAAUGCGAGGCCCUCAAGCUACAGAUGACAGAAAAGGACAAGGUGAUCGAGAUUCUGCGACAGCAGAUUGAAAACAUGACGCAGCUGGUGGGCCAGCAUGGACGGACCGCUGGCGCUAUGCAAGUGGAAAAGGCUCAGCUUGAGAAAGAGAUCAACGACAGGAGGCUGGAACUGCAGGAAUUUAAGAUUUUGAAAGAUAAAAAAGAUGCGAAGAUCCGGGAGCUUGAGGCCAGAGUGAGCGACCUGGAGCUGGAAAAGGUGAAGCUGGUGAACGCGGGCUCCGAGCGGCUCCGUGCCGUGAAGGACAUCAAACAAGAAAGAGACCAGUUGUUAAAUGAGGUGAAAACUAGCAGGAAUGAGUUAAACGGUCUUUCAGAGGACUAUGAAGUCUUAAAAAGGAAUUUUCGAAACAAAACUGAAGAAAUGGAAACUACUACAAAUAAGCUGAAAAUGCAAUUAAAAUCUGCACAAUCUGAACUAGAACAAACAAGGAACACGUUAAAGUCAAUGGAAGGAUCUGAUGGUCAUGCUAUGAAGGUGGCAAUGGGGAUGCAGAAGCAGAUCACAGCCAAAAGAGGCCAGAUAGACGCCCUGCAGAGCAAGAUUCAGUUUUUGGAGGAGGCAAUGACAAACGCAAAUAAGGAGAAACAUUUUCUGAAAGAAGAGAAGAACAAACUCAGCCAGGAAUUGGGCACUGUUGUAACAGAGAAAAACAAGAUGGCCGGGGAGCUGGAAGUCCUGAGGUCUCAGGAACGCCGCCUGAAGGAAAAGGUUGCUAAUAUGGAGGUUGCUCUGGAUAAGGCAUCUUUGCAGUUUGCAGAAUGUCAAGAUAUAAUACAGCGCCAGGAGCAAGAGUCUGUGCGCCUGAAACUUCAGCACACUCUGGAUGUGAAAGAGCUCCAGGGCCCUGGGUACACCUCCAACCCGGCAGUGAAGCCACGCCUCCUCCAGCCGGCGUCUGUCACCCGCUCUCAUUCCAACGUGCCGUCUUCCCAGUCCACAACCAGCUUCCUGUCUCAUCACUCUAUGAAAGCUAACGCGCUGAAGGAAGACCCCACCCGGGACUUGAAACAGCUCCUGCAGGAGUUGAGAAGCGUGAUCAACGAGGAGCCGGCCGUGCCCCUGGGCAAGGCGGAGGAGGACGGGAGAGCGCCGUCGUCGCUGGGGGCCCUGUGUGUGGCUGUAGAUGAUCGAGUAAGAGAUUGCAUUACUGAAUCAAGCCUGAGAUCAGACAUAUGCCAGAGAAGCAAUAACUCAUUAAGGGACUCUACUGAAGGCAGCAAAUCAAGCGAAACUCUUAGUAGAGACCCAGUCACGCUACACGCAGGAGACCUGGAAGAUCCAUCUAGUUGCUUCACAUUCUCACCUACAGCAAAUCCAUCUGUGAAAAACUCACCUUGCCGUUCAUUCAGUUCUUCUCCUAAGAAGUCUCCAGUGCAUUCACUCCUCACCAGCUCGGCCGAAGAGUCGGUAGGCUCCCCGCCGCAGUACAGGUGCACCAAACCUGUUCAUUCCUCUGAGUCCGUCAAAGUCUCCGCCAAUAGAAACAACAGGAAAAACAUGCAGGAAGCUUCAGAACAGACUGGAAAGCUUGCAAACUCUGGUAGAAGAUUUACAGAUGAAGAACCAAGCAAUGUCUUCAAUGAUCAGAAAUCAAGAAAAAAGGAUACAGAAAGUGAAAGACCAGGAAAAAAUGUUACUAAAAUGAUUCAUUGCUUGCCUAUUCUUUAGAGAGAUGAUACCCAGUUAAUUGUGGUGUUACUUAUAAUUAGUACCCUGUGUACUUUUUUCUUUUUAUGUGAAAAUUUAAUAAAAGAUACCCUGUCCUGUAAACUCUA